AUGCCAAGUCCAACGAUGUUUGAUCGGUUUCCAACCGAACUAUUCUUUGAAACGUUCAGGUAUUUAACAACUUACGAUAUUCUGCACGCAUUCAAGGACCUCAAUCAACAUAUUAACAUGGUGUUAAGAAAUUAUUACAAAUACGAUUUGAAUUUUCAAUCAUGGUCAAAAGGCAAAUUUGAUUUUGUUCGUGAAUCCAUUUCUCCUGAACAAAUUCAAUCUUUGGUAUUAUCCGAUGAAGACGAUACAGUUCGGCAAAUUCAUCUCUUCUUUCGAUUGCUCUACAUUCGACGAUUUGUAAAUCUCAAGUCAUUAACACUGAUUGCAAUCGAUGAACAAGAUUGGAAGAAAAUUCAAAGAAAACUUCAUUUCUUAUCAAAUUUAACUUCUCUUUCACUUCGAUUGUCACAACAUUUAUCAUCGAUCAGCGUCGAAUUACCACUGAAAUCUUUAGUAUUAAAUACAUGUACAACGAAUGAAUUGCAUCAAUGGCUUGUGCACACACCGAUGUUAAUCAAUUUAGAAGUCGAAUUGAUUGUUGAUGUAUCCGACAAUGAUUUUCGUUUGAACCCAAUUGGCACGAAUAUUCGUCGGUUGAAAAUCAAACUUCCUGAGAAGUCUCACAUAACAUUUGAGGAUCUCGAAGCACUUUUUGUCUGUAUGCCGAAAGUGAAGUUCUUGACAAUGACCGUCGCCAAAGGAUUUCGCUUAUUUCACGGUGAUCGUUGGGAAGAUCUACUCCGAAGAUAUUUACCUCAUCUAGAAGAUUUUCGUUUCAAAAUUCAUCCCGCUUUAGACAAUGUCAAUCCUACACAAUUAAUAUCUGCAUUUCAAACACCUUUCUGGUUACACGAACAUCAAUGGAUUGUUCAUUGUGAUUUUCAUGGUGUACACAAUCGACAUUAUCGUAACGUGAAUAAUAUUCACUUCUAUACAUUACCUUAUCCUCAUGAUCAGUUUUAUUUAACUACCUCAACAAAGUCAUUAACUAACCAUUCAAAAGAUGCAUUUCAAACGGUCAAAGAACUAUACCUAUCAAUCGAUUCCGACAUGUCUACACAUCUGCUCGAACAUUUUUAUUUUCCUGAUCUUGACUCAUUGAUCGUCUGUAACUUACAUGAAUUGCCAUCAUUGAUUGAUUUGAUUAAUCUUUCCCGUAUUAAGCAUCUAACCAUCGAACAAAACAAUCCUAUCCAGCCUCAAGAAUUCUUCUUGCAUAUUCUAGUAUAUACCAUUAAUCUCCGAUCGUUGAAAAUCUCUUGGCAUUCGCUGAUGGAAAUCACUCGGGAGUUCACCAAUCAAAAUAUAUGCUCGAUAUUGGAGAAACAGAUUAAACAUUUACAUGUAUUCGAUUGUGCAACGAAAAUCAGUCCAGACAAGGGUAAACAAGUCGAAUGUCUGAUUAAAUUAUUUUCGAAAAAUCUUGAAAAACUCAACGUACAUGUUCCAUCGCUCGAUAAUAUUGCCAUGCUAUUAAAUGAAAUGUUGAAAUUAAAUAGUAUGGCUGCAGAAUAUGAGUCAAAAUCCAACAAGAUGGAUAGUGAUCGUUUAUUGUCAUGGUUAACAGAAAAUGUUCCGAAAUUGAAAAAGUUUACUCAUCAAAUACGAUACACGUCGAAAUCUCGAGUUCAAUUACUUUUUUGGAUGAGUCUUUGA